GGGAAAACAAAGUCAGCCUGGCAAUGGAUUGUGUAGCUCAGGAGCUUCACUUUCAGCUGUGCAAGUAACAGAAACUGUGGCCACCACCACCACACUGCGGCUGCUGGAGAAGAUGAAGUUGAUCAUAUGUGCUGAUUAUUAAGAGAGCCGGACGAGAAGGAGGAAAGACGUGGAGAAAGAGACGAAGGCUUGGAGAAAGUGACUGAAGGGGAGAGAAACUGAGUUACCUAAAUCUGUCGCCCAUGGGCAAAGGUAGAUGAGAAGUUACAGUUAAGGAGUCUCUCUGACACAGGAGGAGGGGCACCAGCCCUGCGGGGGGGGGGGACCACCAGUUCAGCCUUCUUCCAGCAACAACAGGACAGGAUGAGGUACCAAGGCAGGGAGGUGGAUAUUGAAGGAAGAGUGCGUCUGGUGAUGGAGAGUGCCCUGACUGCACGGGACAGGGUCGGGGUGCAGGACUUUGUCCUGCUGGAGAAUUACAACAGUGAGGCAGCCUUCAUAGAGAACCUGCGACGGCGCUUCAAAGAAAAUCUCAUCUAUACGUACAUUGGCUCCGUGUUGGUAUCAGUGAACCCUUACAAAGAGCUGGAGAUUUACUCCAAGCAGCAGAUGGAGCGCUACAGAGGAGUCAGCUUCUACGAAAUAUCGCCUCACAUCUAUGCUGUAUCAGACAACACUUAUCGAGCAAUGCGGACCGAGAGGAAAGACCAGUGUAUUCUCAUAUCGGGUGAGAGUGGAGCAGGUAAAACAGAGGCCUCCAAGAAGAUCCUCCUCUACUACGCCGUCACCUGCCCCAUGAAUGAUCACAUGGCCGCCCUUGGUGACCGCCUACUGCAGUCCAACCCUGUUCUGGAGGCAUUUGGCAACGCCAAAACACUGAGGAAUGACAACUCCAGUCGCUUUGGGAAAUACAUGGAUGUCCAGUUUGACUUUAGGGGGGCACCAGUGGGUGGUCACAUCCUGAACUACCUGCUGGAGAAAUCUCGUGUGGUUCAUCAGAACCACGGCGAGAGGAACUUCCACAUCUUCUAUCAGCUUUUGGAGGGAGGAGAUGAAGACCUGCUCAACACAUUAGACCUGGAAAGAAACCCCCAGAACUACCAGUAUCUGGUCAAGGGUAACUGCCCCAGAGUCAGCUCCAUCAGUGACAAGAAUAAUUGGAAAGUUGUGAUGAAGGCCCUGCCUGUUAUUGGCUUCACUGAGGAAGAAGUGCAGAAAUUGCUGAACAUCAUUGCUGGUGUUCUCCAUCUGGGAAACACUCAGUUUGGGGAAGGGGAGGAAGGAGAAACUUAUAUCACCACUGAGACCCAGAUAACAAAACUUGUAAAGCUGCUGGGUGUUGAUGGCUCAGCCCUGAGGGAGGCUCUCACUCACAAGAAACUCACUGCCAAAGGAGAGGAGAUGAUCAGCCCGCUAAACUUUGAGCAGGCAAUAUCUGCCCGUGAUGCCUUAGCCAAGGCUGUGUACGGUCGGACCUUCACUUGGUUGGUGGAGAAAAUCAACCAGUCGCUGGCUCUGAAGGAUGAAAUCUACCAUAGCAAUAAGGGCUCCUCAGUUAUAGGACUUCUUGAUAUCUAUGGCUUUGAAGUCCUGCAGCACAAUAGCUUUGAGCAGUUCUGCAUCAACUACUGCAAUGAGAAACUCCAGCAGCUCUUUAUUGAGCUAACCCUGAGAUCUGAGCAGGAGGAGUAUGAGACAGAAGGAAUUGCAUGGGAGACGGUGCAGUACUUUGACAACAAGAUCAUUUGUGACCUGAUAGAGGAGAAGCACAAAGGCAUCAUCUCCAUUCUGGAUGAGGAGUGCCUGAGACCUGGAGAGACUUGCGAUGUUUCCUUUUUAGAGAAACUGGAGGACACGCUGGGCGGCCACCCCCAUUUUGUCACUCAUAAACUGGCAAAUGGAAAAACCCGCAGGGUAAUGAGUAGGGAGGAAUUCAGGCUGUUGCAUUAUGCUGGCGAAGUCAACUACAAUGUCAAUGGUUUUCUAGACAAGAACAAUGAUUUGCUGAACAGGAACCUGAAAGAGGUCAUGUGCCAGUCAGACAACCAGAUACUUAGUCGCUGCUUCCGCAGAGAGGAAGUGAUGGAUCAGAAACGCCCAGAGAUGGCUGCCACUCAGUUUAAAAACAGCCUGAUGAAACUUAUGGAGAUCCUCAUGUCUAAAGAACCAUCCUACGUGCGCUGUAUCAAACCUAAUGACGCCAAGCAACCAGGAAGGUUUGAUGAAGUUCUGGUCAGACACCAGGUGAAGUACCUGGGCCUGAUGGAAAACCUGAGGGUCAGGAGAGCAGGCUUUGCCUAUCGACGUCGUUUUGAGGCCUUCCUGCAGAGGUAUAAGCCCCUGUGUCCUGAGACGUGGCCAAACUGGCACGGGAGACUCGUUGAUGGUGUGUCCACACUGGUCAACCACCUGGGCUACAAACCAGAGGAGUACAAACUGGGCAGAUCAAAAAUCUUCAUCCGUUUCCCAAAAACUCUCUUCACCACUGAGGAUGCACUAGAAGCGAAAAAGCCAGAGAUAGCUUUGACUCUGCAGACAUCAUGGAGAGGCUACAGGGAGAGAGCCAAGUACCAACGCAUCAGACGUGCAGUGAUAGUGAUCCAGUCUGGGUGGCGAGGGAUGAAAGCACGCAGGAGGGCUAAGAGGCGUCGACAGGCUGCUGAGUUAAUCCGCAGGUUCAUAAAAGGCUUCAUCUACCGUCAUGAGGAAUACUGCCCUGAGAAUGAGUAUUUCCUGGAUCAUGUCCGCUACUCCUUCCUCAAGAAUCUACGUAAAAACCUGCCCAAGAGCGUUUUGGACAAAAGCUGGCCGACGCCUCCUCCCCUUGUUGUUGAGGCCUCAGAGCACCUGCGGACGCUGCACAUGAGAAACAUGGUUGUGAAGUAUUGCAGGAGGGUCCAGCCUGAAUGGAAGAAACAGAUGGUGCAGAAAGUCGUAGCCAGUGAGAUCUUCAAGGAUCAGAAAGACAACUACCCUCAGAGUGUUGGCAGGCUGUUUUUGGACUCCCGGCUUGAACGUGAGCAAAUCAAUCUCAAAGUCGUCCAGACUCUCGGCAACGACAAAGUGCAGUACGGUGCGUCAGUUACAAAGUAUGACAGAAGGGGAUUCAAGCCUCGCCCUCGCCAACUGCUCCUCACAAACACCUUUGCAGUGCUGGUGGACAGGACCAAGAUCAAGCAGAGGAUUGACUACACAGCUCUGAGAGGUAUCUCUGUGAGCUCUCUCAGCGAUGGGAUGUUUGUUCUGCACAUGCCCAGUGAGGACAGUAAGCAGAAGGCCGAUGCUGUGCUGCAGUGUGACCACGUGAUUGAGCUGGUGACAAAACUAGCCAUGAUGGCCGGCAAGAUCGAUUACGUCAACAUCAGCCCGGGCAGCAUUAGGUUUACAGUGGCUCGUGGCAAGGAAGGAAUCAUUGACUUUGUCAGGGGUUCAGAGAUGAAGGUGACUAAAGGCAAACGAGGACAUCUGCUAGUGACUGUUCCUCGCACCAACACCACAUGAAGAAACCGAAAACAGCAGCCAGACAAACGGUAAUCCUUUGCCGCCCAGAAGUAGCCAUUGUUAUUUGUUAGCUCGCAGCCGACAGGACAAUACCAUAAGCAUGUGCAACAUACUCAAAAUAAGGAAGAUCCCAUGCUGAGUCAUAUUCAUAAUUUUUACAAGAAUGUCUUCAAUGUUGCAAUGAAUACUGAGAAAAUCAUAUUUUGAAAAUCAUAACAUGAAGUCAUCACAGUUUGAUAUGCUUUGUCUCUUUAUUCUCAGUCAUACACAAUAUAUUUAUCUAUCAAAUAUAAAGUGUCUUAUGUAAAACACUGUAUCUCUGUAAUGUAAGAGAAAUAAAACGAACCACUUUAAAAUAAAUAGCAUAAUAAAUAUGUUAAUAAAUAGUAAAUAUA